AGUAGCGUCUUUCCUGCCCGAGUUUCUACUCCACCGCGACCUACUGGAAUUCAGUCUGAUUGAUUGUAGGCCUGUAUGUAAACAUGGACAUCUACCUAAUCAUCCUCUCUGUUAUUGCUGUUAUUAUUCUUCUGUCUAAUGUUUUCAGAGGAAAGGAAUCGUUAAUGAAGUUGGAUAUGGUGUGUUGUGUAAUAUUUGGAGCAAUGUUCAUUUUGUUCCCAGGCUUAGCAUCAGCACAUGAGCAGACUAAUUCUUCCGAUGGCGUGUUUCUGCAUAUGCUACGUGCAAGUGGAUGUGUCUUGAUCGGCAUUGCUGUCGUUUUCUACCAGGUGCAGCAGUCAGCUGAUGCUACCGUUUACGUUGUGUUGAUGAUGUCACGCUUGGUGACCUGUACACUGGCUGCUGUGUGUGGAUUUUACUACCGUUCACAAUCUUCUACCCCCACUGAUAUUGGCUUAUUGUACAUCUUUUUCCAUAUUGGAUUUGGUGUCUUGUACAUCUACUUCUUGUUGCAAUCACGCGAGUGGGGAGGUCAUACUCAGUUGGACACGAACGUUAACUUGCAUCUUCGCAUCGACUUCUUUGUCACAUUAGUCUUUGGAAUAUUUUGGUAUGCAUUCCCAGAAUGGGUACUUGGCUUUCAGGUAUCUAUCAAUGUGACUCCACUGCAAGAGUAUGCCACAAUGUUAUUUGCUGCGUUUAUGAUUGGCUCAGCUAUUAUGUCUAGUCACGCCCCAGGCUUCAUCAGUGAACAUGACCAAAGGGCACAGUUCCAAGGCCGCAUCCUUCAAAAUACUAUUCUCCUGCCUGCAAUGAUCUAUGCUCAGGUGUAUUACGGUACGUGGACUGUUUACCAUAUCUAUUUUGGAAUGGUCGGCUGUUUGAUGUGGACGAUUAACGCCCUUGUUGGUUUUAUGUCCCCUAAUGAGUUAGAAGAAGUCAAGUUAAAAUAAUACAGUCGCAAUGACUCCGCAACACGGUGGAAAAUGUGCAUUGUUUACGUAGAUAGUAUUUGCUAGUUGGUACUCUGAUGUUCUGAAGGGGAAAAUUUACCACAGAACAGAAGCAGAGAAAGAGUGCCCAUACAAAUGUUUUGUCUCUCUGUGUAGAUUAACAAUACAGUACUGUAUUUUUAACUAGGUAGGUUUUUGCAAACUCAAGUAGUAACAAAUAUUAACAUUCUAUUUUUUUUUAUGUUGCAUACCCAUUAUUCAGGCCUACAAAAAUUCUGUUUUGCACUUGCAAAAAGAGCACUGCAGAUGAUCUCCCUAUAGGCUCUGAGGGGAGAGAAUUUUAGAACUUUUUAAAUAUUUUAUAAGUUGUUAAUAUAAUGACCAGUCCAGUAAAUGACUUGUAUUAUAUUACUGUUAAUAUCCAAGCCAAGACAUUCUAAAGAUUCACUCUGGAUGAGGAUUGGCUAAAAAAUUCUGAAAAAUUUAUGAUGUAACUAUAUUUGUUAUUAGUUUUUGUAAGAUUGUGAAACCUUUCAGAUGUUUACUAAUACAUUACCAUCAAACGAUUUGAUGAUAACAGAGAAAGGGACAAAAACUUUAUUCUAGAUACAGAUCUCGCUCUAAUUAAAGGCCCCUUCAAUUACAGACCACCUCCAAUUAAAAACCACGUUUCUGUGGUCCCAAAUACACACACGUCUUAUCUUUAUUGUUCUAAUUAGAGACCAAAUCUGCUAAUGACCAUAGAAGCUCUGGUCCCAAAUGUGGUCAUUAAUUGGGGGGUGGGGGUGGAGACCUCAAGUUUCAUUUUUAUAUUUUAUGUCCAGGUUAUAACAGUUCAAGCCUCUAGGCUCAUUCUAUUACAUUAUUUAUGUUCAUAUUCUAACUUGCAUUAUUAAUAUACUUUAUAUGGACCAAUUAUUUUUAUAGAGAAAAAAAUUCAUAUAUUGCAAUAUUUACACUAUUUAUAGCGUAAAAUUUUUACUGCAUUAUCAGAUUUCUAGUGUGAAUUCUUAGUGCAUUAUCUUUUAAACAGGGUUAACAGUUGUAUAAUAUCCAAAAUGAUUUUUGCACUAAAUAUUUGAUUUGAUAGUCUUUGUUUUGAAUAUCGAGUGUAAAGGCAGUCGCUGCAGUUUAAAUUGACUGCCUCAGCUAAGAUAUAUCCACCGGACUCCUUGCCUUUUUUUUUAUUAACCCACUGAUUUUAUACACGGUAUUUUAUUGUAAUUUUAUGUAACAUUGUUAUAGAGAAAUAUAGUAGUUUUGAUACAUUUAACACUAGUAUUUUAGUUAUUAACACUUUUUUGUAUAGUCACUUAGACUUUCUAUCACUUUGUAUAAAAUCAUAUUAAUAUCAUGAAGUAUGUACCAAUAUGAACUAAUUUAUUACUUUAUGUUAGGUUAUUGAUUAUUUUAUACAAAUUUACUUUUCUAAAGAAUAUGAAAUAUAACUCUGGGGUAGGAUUUUGCGGUAGGGGGUGCGUGAGAAAAUUUUGAAAAUAUGGACCUCUAGGUGGCCGGAAAUUGCACUCUCAUACCUUGAAAAUCUUACUGGUACUAGGCCUAUGUUCAUAGAGGGGUGCGAUCACAUCGUCUACACCCCCCUCUGCAUCCACCCCAGUAACUGAUUCAGUUCUUUAGAAAAUUGAAAGAAGCAGCUAAUGGUUAUUUUUGAUGAAUUAUUUAGUGUAUUACUUGUGCAUGAUGAUGUGAAUUUUAACAAUAAAGUUUUCUUUCUAUCAAACCAGAACA